UUAAAAUGAAAGAACCAUCAAGAGUAAAUAAACGCCUCCUAAAACUCAGGAACUAAACUCCGCCACUUCCAUUUCUCACCGCAGUGUCUCCGCCAUGCGCACCACCGCAAUCACCACCCAUCUCCCUCUGCUAAACUGCCUCUCCCACCGCCUCACCGCCACCCUCCCCUUCACAUCCGGCACUUGCCCCGACUCACCCGAUCCCGACAACGCAUUCCCAUACUCUGACGUACCCAACCCUAGCCGAAUAAAAUCAGAAAGAAAACCCUACGUGACGCCAAUGAAAGUUUUGAUUGCGAGGGCAAAGGCAGAGAGAGAAGCGCGAAAGGCACAGCCUUGUAGAGUUCUGGAAGAGGCGCCUGAGAAUGGGUUACUUGUGCCUGAGCUUGUAGAAGUUGCGAGGAGAGUUUAUCAAGCAAGAGGGUUUCUACUUUCCGGUUUGAAGCAACUCGUUCGAGUUAUUCCGGUUUUGCGCUGCGAGUUUUGUAACGAGGUUCACAUUGGUUAUGUGGGUCAUGAAAUUCGAACAUGUACGGGACCAAAGAGUUGGCUGCGGAGUGCAACUCAUGUUUGGAAAAGGGGAGGUGUUCAAGACGUGGUUUGUUUCCCAAAAUGCUUUCAUUUGUAUGACCGUGUUGGCAAGCCAAGAGUUGGCCAUGAUGAGAGGUUUAGUGUUCCACGUAUCCCUGCCAUAAUUGAACUUUGUAUACAAGCGGGUUUAGACCUUAAAAAAUUUCCCACGAAGAGGAGAACAAAACCGGUAUAUUGCAUCGAAGGAAGAAUUGCAGAUUUUGAAUCCGUUGCGGAAGAUAAUGAAAUUGAAAGAAAUAGUUCUUUCGAAAAUGUCAAUCCUUUAACUGAUUCGUCCUAUAUGUUAAAAGAGCCUGUAGAGAAGGUCCAAAGUCUACUGGAGAACAAAAUAAGUCAUAUGGAUCAGUUGAGUGACGAAGAAAGGAACAAAUUAAGGGAUUUAAGUAAACAUGCAUUGGACUCAUGGUUUGAGAUGAUUUCAGGUGCAAAGAAGAUCAUGGAGAAGUAUGUUGUGAAUACUUGUGGAUAUUGUCCUGAGGUUCAGGUUGGUCCUAAGGGACAUAAGCUGAGAAUGUGCAAGGCUUCAAAGCAUCAGUCUCGGAAUGGUUUACAUGCAUGGCAAGAGGCAACAUUAGAUGAUAUUGUGGGUCCAAAUUUUGUCUGGCAUGUUGAGGAUCUGAAUGGCCCUGCUCUGAAUAACAAUAUCAAGAGAUAUUAUGGUAAGGCUCCCGCUGUUGUGGAACUCUGUGUGCAUGCUGGGGCUCCAGUUCCUGAUCAAUAUAAGAGCAUGAUGAGAUUAGAUGUGGUUUCCCCAGAACGAGAUGAAGUUGACCUUGUUGCCUGAAGUGAAAUGCCUUCAAUCCUUUGGAAGAUGGGCCAUAUACAUUUAUUGGACAUUUAGAGUUCUUACGGAUAAACUCAUUGAACUUUUGAGUUUGAUCAAAUGUUAAAUGUGGUGUCAUGUGCUAGUUUUCUGCUGUCCGACUAUAUGCUGUUUAGCCAGUAGUUCAUCAUUCACACAUUCUGAAUGUAGUUUCCAGCUUAUGUUAUCUUCAUAAAGGACACUGGAAUUACUGCUGUGAAAGAGCACACAACACCUAGUAUAAACUUUAAUGCAUAAAGAUAAAGGCUUUUGCAGUUAGAGCCUGAACUCCACUUUGCCGCGGGUCCAAAAGUGUAUAGUCUUCUCAGAAAUUUUCUUAUGCUUCCUCAUCUAAUUGAGUCGAUGUUGAAGCUGACUUAGCUCAAAAUUUAUCCUGACCAAUAUAUUUGUUGAAUUUAAAGAAGAGUGGUGGUAAGAAGGUUCAAGGAGGCUCCAACAACCUGUGUGGUGGGUAAUUGGUGCUGCAAAAGGUGGGACCCCUUCCCGGACCCUGCAUAUGUGGGAGCUCUAGUGCACCGGGUUGCCCUUUAAAGAGAUGAUAAGAAACCUAUUCUUUUGCAUUUGCUCAAAACUUUUGAGGUGAAUCGAGCAAAGAAAGACACUGAUCUUGCUUCAAUGUUGCUAAGGGUACCUUGCAUGCAGUCAUAAUGGAGACUCUAAGAUGGUGAGAUUGUAUCCAGCCGCUACAUUCGUUUGGUGCUUGUUAAUGUUGUGAAAACCAUAAAGGACUCCCCGAAAGUUAGGUUUCUUUCUAGCUAAGCACCCAAUUGCACAUGGAGAAGUAAACAUAGAGAGAUCAGAUUUCCUUUUUCUAGGGACCAUAUGAACAAAAGAAGGCUGAACUUGGAGUGUUGCAUGCAGUUUGCGGAUAUUAAAGAGCAAGCUAGCUGUUUUGUAGCCAACCAGAAUUAUCAGGUGUGUCUUGAGACACUUAGUUAAUUCAGGUCCUAUUUUAGAAGUGACUAGAUGUUUGCUGUGUUGUAUAACCAUGCUUAAUGAAUAAGCCUGAUGAGAGCAGAACUUAUUCAUAGUGUGUAUAAAGUUAUUGUUUCAUUGAGUAACAAGACAAAUGUGUACAUUUUUCAGUGUGAAUGAUUUUCUAUCCUCUUUUAGUUUCA